CUGGAUUUUGCCAUUCCGCAUUCGCAGUCCGAAUCCGUCUUUCCCAAUCGGUUAAAGCCAUUCUCACACACUAUCAUUCAUAUUCCUCCAUUUCAAGCAAAGCUGAAACAAAAUCUCCAUAAGCUCCUUGCUUCAUCAUCGUUUUCUGUUCAGCGUCUGACAAUUUCAAUCUCGAUUGUUCAAAAUCCCCAUUUUCUUUUCUGGGUCUGCGAUGUUUGGCUCGCUUGUCUUCAUGAUGGUGCUUGUUUUCAUUCGAGCUUCAUCAAGCCUUUUGCAACUGUGAGAGGCUCUAAUCAAUUGGAGGGAGGGACCGCCAGACCCAGACCUGACUUCUCAGAUCUUUGAAGGAAGAAAAGCUCAACAAACGGUAUAGAUUUGUUCUCCAGGAGGAUAUCAGGGGAGCCGGUUAACUCAGGAUAAGUUCAGCAAGUUUCUAUAGAAAAAAUGGCUGCUGAAGAUAAAAACCUUGUAGAAAUAUUGGAAGACCUUAAUCCCAUAGAUGUUGCUAAAUAUAUGAACUAUGUCAGUGCCCCACAAGCUGGAGCUAUAGCUACUUUUUCAGGAACAACACGCGAUACGUUUGAAGGCAAAACAGUGUUGGAGUUGAGGUAUGAAGCGUAUGUACCAAUGGCAGUACGAUGUUUGAAGUCUCUUUGUUCCUCUGCUAGAGCAUCCUGGAAUCUGCAUUCCAUUGCUGUUGCUCAUCGUCUAGGCACAGUUCCUGUGGGUGAAACAAGUGUGUUUGUUGCAGUUUCUGCCGUCCACAGAGCUGAUGCAAUGGAAGCUUGUAGGUUUCUCAUAGAUGAGCUAAAGGCAACAGUUCCUAUUUGGAAGAAGGAGGUUUACACUAAUGGUGAGGUUUGGAAGGAGAACUGUGAGUUCAUGGAUAGAAGGUCUGAGCUUGGUAAAAAUGACGAAGAUUUUCAUGGGAAAGUGAAAGAAAUGAAGGAGCAUAACAGGAAGCCUUGUUGCAGGCCUAAGGUUCUGGUGAAGGAUGAAGGUAACUGAAGAUUAAUGACAGUAUCUGGGGAUCAAAGAUAUGCUUGAGAAACAUGUUCUGUUUAUUUUUAUUUUUUUAAUAUUCAAAUAAUACGAGAGGGAUGAUUGUACUUCUGUACUUUGUUCCUUCUGUUUGCAUUGCUAUGUUAGCAUCAACUUUCUCUGUUUUUAAAUACAAUACGAAGCAAAAAGCCUAGAGAAAGAAACAAGGUCAACCCUGAUCCGUGGGUUCAUUGAUAAGAUCA